AUGAGCUAAAUAAACAAUUCAUUCAUUAUUUCAAUAUUCAUAAUCCUUGGUUUAAUUAUUAUUUUAUUCGUGCUUAUUUUACCAGUAAUCAGAAAAAUUGAUAAAUUUUAAGAAGUAAUAUUCCAAGUUGUCUCAAGGAUUACUUAUGAUGAAGUCGAUUCUUAAAUUAAUAAAUUCUAGUCAUAUCAAAAUAAAAUAUUAAACGAUGACAAAUCAUGGAUUUCUUAUAAUUUCUUAAACGCUCAUAAACAAAAAUUAGAUGAGUUAAGACUUUCAUAUGACAAAACAAACUCCUUCGCCUCUACUCAAAAAGAGAAAAAAAGAAAAAAUCAGAUUAACAACCAAAAAUUAAUUUCUAGCUAGCUUGUCUAAACACACCUUAAAACCUUUUUGUAUUUUUCGUUAUUUUUUCUCUUUUGCUUAAGCUAUGUUGCUUUCAUAUCUAUCGCUUUAGGAGUAAGUUAUAAGUACUAAAAAGAAAUCUAAUAAAGAUUUGAACUAUAUUAAUAUAAUGUAUAAAACUUAUAAAAGUUUUAAACUAUGUUGUCACUCAGUGAAAGUGCUCUCAGAAUCGAUCUAAUUUAGUCAAUAGAUGACUAAUUUCCAAUUUAAAAUUAAAUUGAUGUCAAAAAUAAUUUUUUAAGUAGCAUUUAAGAUCUUAACUAAUUCUUAAUUCAAAUUAAUGACUAUAUUUAGAAUACAAUAUAAAUCAGAGCUUCAGUGCUCUGA